GCACUUUUUUUUUUCAGUGGUUCUUGUCCACUCAAAACAGAAAGAACGAGUGAGGGCAGAACAACAACAGACGUGCACUUAAGCUGUAUCUGACCAGGAGAACAGUAUGCUUACAAGAACCACAGUUAGACGUCUUCACACGUCACGCGUCAGCUAUGGGUUCAUGGACUGGUUCAAGAUGAAGAAGGCCGAGGAGAGAAAGCCAAAGCCAAAAGCUGAAGAUAUCAACACUGUCAUGGCGAAAGCUGAAGAAGGUGAAGUUACAGUGACCAAGAUGGACAAGAUUGAAUUCAUUGGUAAGAAGAGUAAGAAGCCACAGGAUACACGUCCAUUGGCUGAGAGAUUGAAUGGAUUCCAUAUCAAGCAUUGGAUUGCAAAGGAGAAGGUUACAGAUGAGGCUCAAUUUGCAAAGUUGAUCAUUGAUGAAUACAACAAGCUGGUUCCAAACAACGUGGCCUCUGUAAAAGAUGUUAACUUGGCCAACUUGAACUUACGAUUCCAAGUAACUAAACAAGUUCAGGCUAAGUCUGGUUAUCUGAUCCCGGAUCUGGUGUUGACGAGGGCAUCGAAUGGCCAAGUGUUGCUUGACCAUUUUGACAAGUUGAUGAACGGCACCCAGAGCAAAUAUCAUCUAACCCUAGAUGACAUUCCAGUCACAAGUGAAAACGUAUACAUCCAACCAUCAGUGACGAGCAGAGAAAGAAAGACCAAGUUCAAGAAGUUGCUGAAAGAGGCUAAAAAGGCACAAGAUGAGAAGACUGAACAACUUAUCCAAGGUGUGAGGGCAUGAAAUAUCAAGUUCAUUCCAUCCGUACAUGAGAACACGCAAAUGGAGAGAGAGAAAGAACUAACCACUGUACAUAUAUAUAUCCAUCUAUUCUUUGCUUGUAAAUUUUUGUUUUGAUCUUCA